AGAUCCCUGUGAAACUUUGAAGUUCCAUUUCUGUUCUCUCUCUCUCUCCACAUUUCAGUCAACAAUGAACACUCCCUACCCGAAACCCAUAAACCCAUCCGAAACCCGCAUCGGUUGGAUCGGCAUAGGCGUAAUGGGCUCAGCCAUGGCCUCCCGCCUCAUCUCUGCCGGCUACUCCCUCACCCUCUACGCCCGCACCCCUUCCAAAUCCCUCCACCUCCAAUCCCUAGGCGCCCAACUAGCCCCUUCCCCCUCCUCCCUCGCCCAAUCAUCCGACGUCGUUUUCACCAUGCUCGGACACCCCCCAGAUGUUCGACAAAUUGUCCUAGACCCCUCCGCUGGCCUCCUCGCUGGCUUAAAACCGGGCGGAGUUAUCGUCGACCACACCAGCAGCCACCCAAUUCUUGCAAAAGAGAUUUUUGCCACUGCCCGAGAAAAGGGUUGUUGGGCAGUGGACGCCCCGGUAUCCGGUGGGGACAUCGGGGCGAGGGACGGGAAAUUGGCUAUAUAUGCCGGUGGGGAUAGUGAUGUUGUGAAGUGGUUGUCCCCUUUGUUUGAUGUAAUGGGCAGGGUGACUUACAUGGGUAGUGCAGGGUGCGGGCAGAGGUGUAAGAUCGCGAACCAAAUAACGGUGGGGGCAAAUUUGGUUGGGUUGAGUGAAGGGUUGGUGUUUGCUGAGAAGACGGGGUUGGACGUGAGGAAGUUUCUGGAAGCGGUGAGGGGCGGGGCGGCUGGGUCGAUGGUGAUGGAGUUGUUUGGGGAGAGGAUGGUUGGGAGGGAUUUUAGGCCUGGUGGGUUUGCUGAGUACAUGGUGAAGGAUUUGGGAAUGGGUGUGGAUGUGGUUGAAGAGGGGAAUGAAGAUGUGGUGGUGUUGCCUGGUGCUGCAUUGGCGAAACAGUUGUUUUCUGGGAUGGUGGCUAAUGGGGAUGGGAAGCUUGGCACUCAAGGCCUUAUUACUGUCAUAGAGAGGAUGAAUGGCAAGUGAGACUCUCUCUGUUGUGGCAUAGUCAUUCUAGAACCGCACACAAAACACUUGCACAGUCACAUAAGCAUGGGGGAUUGACGCAUACUUCACCAUUAGUUUAUGUGCGCUCCCCACACCAUGUGUAUGUUUAUGUAAUUGUGUGCGGUUGUAGGUUGUUAUAUGUAACACCCUAGACUCCUAAUUAUGUUAAUUAGUUUGAAUGACAUGUUAUGAUCGUAUUAGUGUUGGAAUUAAUCUACACAUGUUAAUAAGGGUGGUUUU